CAUUCCCCUAAUUCAGAAUGCAGGCAACAAUGUCUGGGGUUGAAGAAGACAAAUAUCGUUCUUAUUUGCAUGGAGAAGGUGAGCUCAACACCACAUGGAGAUGGGGAGGUCCUCCUAAUUAUGACGAUGUCAACAAACUCUUCGAGGAAGAAAGAACAAAGGUAUGGCCUCCUGGAUCACUAGAAGAACAAGUGCAGAACCUUAUAAAGACAUGGGAAAUGGAGGUUUUCCACAAGGCUUCCCUCCAUGAUUUCAAAUCUUUGGACGUUAACAAAUACACACUUAGCUUAAAUGGUCGAAAAGAUCUGAACAUGAUGGACAUAAAGAAGCUUGGAGGAGGCUAUAACCCACAGCUGCAAACAUCCCUUCCCGAAGAACACAGAAUCUACGAUCCUGAAAAAGAAACAGCCGAAUCAUCUCACAGGGCUUUUCUUACAGCCUUUCCAAGAGGAUUUGCUUUAGAAGUUGUCAAGGUUUAUGCCGGACCACCUGAGAUUGUCUGCAAGUUUAGACACUGGGGUUACAGUGAAGGUCCUUUCAAAGGUCAUGCUCCUACGGGAGAAUUGGUAGAGUUUUACGGAAUCGCCAUCAUCCAGGUGGAUGAAAAUAUGAGAAUUGGUGGAGUGGAGUUCUUUUAUGAGAGGGGAGAACUGCUUGGGGGUCUGGUAAAAGGAGCCGCCAUUGAUGAUACCUCUGCUCAGGAGGCAGCUUCAAGUUGUCCCAUCUUGAGGAACACAGGCUAGAUUGUCACUUUAAAUGGAACGCCGUUUGCUGAUUGUUUUUUUUUUUUUUU